CGUGUCCUUCAGGGUUCAACUCACAGCUGUUGUCCCAGUGACUCAGAAGGCUGCCAAUUUCUAUUUUGGCCUGGAUGCGCAUGGAAGCCGGUCCCUAAUUAUAAACUCUCCCCAGGGCUGAGAGCAGAGAGAUAACAGCAGUGGGUCCCUUGCCUCACCGAGCUCUUUUGGGGGUCUGACUAACAGCUCCCUCCCUUUGGGCUGAGUCCUUUUUGGGGGGCGAGGAGAGCGCCGGACGCCUGGGACCCCAAUAAAAGCUCUCUGGCUCCCGGAGAGAGCAGAACAGAGCCGCUUCUGGAGGACCACAGCCGACAAGCAAGACGACCCUCGAAGCAUCCCAAGGCUACGAUGCUGUGCCGACUGCACCUCGUGCCCCCCCGGAGCCCCCUGCUCAGCCGGGCUCUGUGGCCCCCCACCCGCUCGCUCUUUGAGGACCUGGAACGAGAGAUGGAUUCGCUGUGGGAGCUGCUGGGCUGCAACAGCUGGCCCCUCGGGGGCCACGAGGAAGCGCCCCGGGGGCCGGAAGAGGCCCCGUUUGCGGUGACUCAAGACAUGGCCGGCUUUGACCCCCGGGAGCUGGUGGUCAAGCUGGUGGGGCAGAAGCUGGUGUUGACCGGCAGGAAGGCCACGCAGACCCCCGGAGGACCUUUCCGCUACGAGCUCUUCCGCCGGGAGUGGGACGUCCCGGGCAGCGUGGACCACCAGCAGCUCAGCUGCUCCAUCUCCCGCGAGGGCCAGCUGCGCAUCGAGGCGGCCGGGCCUGCCGCCAGGACGGUGCCCAUCGAGGUCGGCCGAGCGCCGGGCAACGGCCAGGAAGCCACCUCCACCGUGGAGGGCCGCCGGACCAAAGGCUGAGGGGAAAGCGAGGCGCAGCGGAGACUCUGGGUGGACUUGGGACUCUGGAUCAGGGCUUUUCUGCCAAUUAAUGUUUUUAAGUGGGACAUUUUCUUUUGGGGUGGUCGGUCAAUUUGCAGAUAUAAUGCAGGUAAUCCGGCGUC